UCUGCCGAUGAUCAGACGACUAAAGGAGAAACUAUUUAAAUCUCUAAUGAACAACUUGACUCUAGGUCACUCAACUCUCACUGCUCUCAGGCGCACACGAACCACAGUCUCGCUGAUACUUGGAUCAUUGGACAUAAACUCACUGAACACACGAGUAACUGUUAAAGAGCCGGUUAUCUUUACAUCGACGGACUUCACAUUUGUUUGCGUGAGAAAGAAAUGAAAAAUAUCACUUUUUCUCUGUGGAUUGUCCUACUUUGUGAAAUUGCGCUCUUUGCGUCGGGAGUGGAAGACAACGAACUUUUCAAAGCAUGACCGGAUCACAUACAACAUGAGGAAGAGCCUGAAUCUAGACGUGGACGGCUGCAUCCUUCUGCCUGGUGAGAAGAGGAGUCUGCAGGAGUGUGGCUUCAACGUCACAGCCAAGACCUUCUUCAUCAUCCACGGCUGGACGACGAGUGGGAUGUUUGAGAGUUGGAUGCAGAAGCUGGUGUCUGCCAUGAUGCAGCGAGAACCGGAGGCCAACGUGGUCAUCGUUGAUUGGCUUCCCAUGGCCCACCAGCUCUACCCCGAUGCGGUCAACCACACCCACCAAGUUGGCCUCAGUGUCGCCACCACCAUCAACUGGCUCCAGGAGGAACAGCAGCUGCCCCUGCAGAAUGUGCACCUGAUUGGCUACAGCUUGGGGGCCCAUGUGGCAGGCUACGCRGGAACGUCUGUGCGAGGGACUAUUGGCAGAAUCACGGGUCUAGAUCCGGCAGGGCCCAUGUUUGAGGGGGUGGGAGAUGAUAAGCGCCUCUCAUCGGGCGACGCCGACUUUGUGGACAUCCUGCAUACGUACACGCGCGAGGCACUGGGUAUAAGCAUUGGGAUCCAGCAGCCCAUUGGCGACAUUGACAUCUACCCCAACGGUGGAGACGUGCAGCCCGGCUGCUCCCUGAGGGAGAUGRUUACCAGUGCAGCUGGAGGAAGCUUCAUGGAUGUGAUMAAGUGUGAACACGAGCGGGCUGUGCUCCUGUUCGUGGACUCGCUGAUGAACAACGAGUACYUGAGCCUUGCCUACCAGUGCACCGACCCCGAACGCUUCAAGAAGGGCAUCUGUCUGAGCUGCCGRAAGAAUCGCUGCAAUAACAUGGGUUACAACGCCAAGAAGAUGAGGAAGAGGAGCAACUGCAAGAUGUACCUGAAGACCCGUGCUGCCACACCCUUCGGAGGCAUCCAUUAUCAGAUGAAGAUGCACGUGUUCAACAGAAAGCAGGCUGACGAUGCUGACCCAACCUUCCACGUCAAGCUGUAUGGAGCUCACAAUGACACCGAUGACCUGCAUGUAGACUUUCCAAACAAAGUGGGUCUGAACCUGACCAACACCUUCCUGGUCUUCACCGAGGACGACAUCGGGGAUCUGCUGAAGAUCCGUCUGAGCUGGGAGGGGGCGUCCGAGUCGCUAGGGUCRCUCUGGAAGAACAUGAAGAAGUCUUUCUGGUCCUGGAACAGCAACGGCCCGCCCAGCAACCAGGUGCUGGAGGUCCGCAGGAUCCGUGUCAAGUGUGGAGAAACGCAGAAGAAGUUCACAUUCUGUGCCCAGGACCCCUCGGUGACUGAGAUCUCUCCAGGACAGGUUAUCACUUACGUCAAGUGUCGUGAUGGCUGGGAGGUCAAACCCAGUAAAAAAAGGUUGCAUAACUUAUAAGGAUUCAGCACUUCAAUCAAUCAACGCACCAAUGGCAUGGGACCGAAAGGCGGAAGGAAUGUCGGUAAGGACCGCCUUUUCUUCAUCUGAGCACUUUGAUUGGAGGAGUGAUGAGCCCACGGUGGGAGGACCUUGGACUUGGGAUGCGCCUGGAUGUUUACUGGUGGUCACAUGACUCUGGGCUCUGGCCAAUGGGACGGCGGGAGGCUUCACGUGCGCUGUCUGUCAGAACAUGAGAAUUCCCGGAGUGUUUCUUUUGUACGGACGGACUGUUCAACUCGGAAAAUAAGCGGUUGUGUUAUCCAUCGGACAUUUCCCCCCCCCCAACAAACCUAGUCUCUUUACUGUAUAUUUGUAUACAUUUUCUGAAAAUGGAAGCACUGCAAGACCAUGGUUAUUUAUCAAUCCCAACCACAUCCUGUACUGAAGCACAUAGUUACGUUUGAAUCAUUUCCUCUGAGAUGCAGUGUUUUGUGUGGUUGAGUGACUUAUCUUUUGCAUGUGUGAAUGUGUUUGCAUGCAUGUAGUGUAUGUGUGGCGUGACCAAGGGUAUGAGCGUGCCUAUUGGCUAGAGCGAGUUUAAUGUGACUACACUGUAAAACUGAAGGACGUGACUGGGCUACAUGCACUUGAUCUUUCACUGUUUUUUCCCAGGUUUUCCUGAAAUCUCGGUUGGACGAUUGCGGAUUUUAGUUCCUUCGGUGUCCGSUAAUCUUCCAACUGGGAUUUGGGGAAAAACCCGGGAAUUUGAGGGAAAUUUAACAGAAUUUUGCUACCCUACUUCUGUGUAACGUGUUACUAUUGUAAUUUCGAUGUACCACGUCUGUGGCUGUGUUUAUGUAUAUAAUGUAAAUGGUUUUUUGAAAAAAAAAAAAUCACUUUGUAAUUA